UCCACUUUCAGUUCCUGCUCCUCCGUACCACAAUGGCGUCUGCUGAUCUGAGAGCGGAGCUGGACUGCUCCAUCUGCCUGAGCCUCUAUACAGAUCCCGUAUCCCUGAGAUGUGGACACAACUUCUGCCGCUCGUGUAUUGUGAGUGCGCUGGAUGCACAGGAGGCAGCUGGAGUGUAUUCCUGUCCUGACUGCAGAGCAGAAUAUCCAGAGCGUCCGGCCCUGGAGAAGAACAGGAAGCUGGGGAACAUAGUGGAGCGUUUCUUAUAUGUUCGGCCUGAUAGGGAGGAGACCGGGAUCUUCUGUACUUACUGUACUAAGUCUCCUGUACCGGCUGUGAGGACAUGUCUGCAGUGUGAGAUGUCUCUAUGUGAUGACCACCUGACAGCCCACAACAAGAUGGUGGAUCAUAUAUUAACAGAACCCACCAGAUCCUUUGGCAGCAUAAAAUGUUCCCUCCACAAGAAGGUUCUGGAGUUAUACUGCCCGCAGGACGCAGCUUUUGUGUGUGUGUUUUGCUGUCUGGUCGGCGAGCACAGGGGACACCAGGUGGAACUUCUAGAUGAGGCAUCUGAGAAGAAGAAGAAGAAACUGAGGAAAUAUCUGCAGGAACUAAACCCACAAAAAGCAAAAAUUCAGAUGAAACUUCAGAAUCUGCAGGAUCGUAAGAGGAAUAUCCAGAAGAAAGCCUCUGAUAAGAGGAAGAACGUCAGGAAGUUAUUUAUGGACAUUAAGAAACAACUGAAAAUGGCAGAAAAGAAAGCGCUGAUCGAGAUCUCCAGGCAGGAGGAGAAGAUUGUGUCCCAGAUAUCUGAUCUGAUCAAGAAGCUGGAAAUAGAGGGGGAUGAGCUGUCCAGGAAGAUGCGUCACAUGGAGGAGAUGUGUCAUGUCACCGACCCAAUAAAACUCCUACAAGAAAGUGACAUUACAGUAUGUGAUCGUGGAGAUGAUGAGUACACAGGGGGAGAUGGAGGAGAGGGCAGGUCUGACGAUGAUCUGGAUGAGGUUCUGAUCUCACUGACCUUACACCGAUCUAUGAGGGAUAUUGUCACCAAUGUCACAUCAGAGCUCAGGCUCCAUGUUCCAGAUAUAUUGCUGGAUAAGGACACUGCUCAUAGACAUGUGAAGAUAUCAGAAGAUCUGAAAACAGCAACAAGAACAGAAGAAGAACAGAACAGACCAGAAUCACCAGGAAGGUUCCUGAAUUAUCCCCAGGUGUUGAGCAGAUGUGGCCUCUCCUCAGGAAGACAUUACUGGGAGGUAGAGUGGGACCAGAUAGGAGGGUGUGAGAUUGGACUGUCUUAUCCCAGUAGAGAAACGAAAGGACAGGAGUCUUGUAUUAUAUAUAAUGAUAAAUCUUGGUGUCUGGUUAUGUUUGGUGCAGUAUGUGGAAUGUAUCACAACUCAAGCAGAUCCCCCCUCAGUGUAGAUAGAACAUGUCCUAGACUUGGGGUCUUCUUAGACUAUGAGGCCGGGCGUCUGUCCUUCUAUCAGCUGUGUGACCCCAUCAGACACUUACACACCUUCACCGCCUCCUUCUCUGAACCCCUACAUGUUGUCUUCUGGUUGUGGUCUGGAGACUCUGUUAGAAUAAUAAGCUGAGGCCGACGCAUCCUUUCAGAACUAUUGAACAUAAAAGAAUCCAUAUUAUGAAGGCUUAUACAGAUUACAAUAUGGGCUGGUAUAUGUGCUGUAUGAGAAGCCAUAUUGUCUGAUGUUAAAAGGUUAAAGUGAGGUGAAUGUCUCAAGAAUUGCUAACUAAGAAAUUAAGAGUUUCUGCAUAGUCUGCUCUUUUGUGAAAGAGGUUUAGACAGAGACGUAUCAUAAAAUGCUGUCUGUAGAUAGGUAACCAUAUGGAGGGAAUGUGAUGAGUUUUGGUUAUUCCCAGUAGUAAAAAGUAAAAUAUAAUUUUAUUAUUCAUUGUAAUGUUAAUAUUAAUCCUCAUGUGAAUGGAUUUGGGUUUUUAUAUGAUAUAUCCUGGAAUCGUGUGUUUUUAAAUGACUAGAGGUGUGGUAAUUACGUUAUAUUUGUG